AUGGUAAGUAGAGCCGAUGAGGAUCAUCAAUUAAAUGUUCGGAAUAAGUCUUCAGUAAAAAUCAAUCAAGAAGUUAAAGAUGUUACACGUGUUGAAAGACAUGGUGCUCACUCACACAUUCGUGGUUUGGGUGUAGAUGAUUCAUUCUCAACUCGUAAUGUCUCCCAAGGUAUGGUCGGUCAAGAAAAAGCCAGAAAAGCUGCUUGUGUAAUUGUUAAAAUGAUUAUGGAAGGAAAAAUUGCUGGUAGAGCAAUCUUGAUCGGAGGACCUCCAGGAAGUGGUAAAACCGCUAUUGCUAUGGGUAUGGCUCACUCUUUGGGACCUGAAACACCAUUUACAUCAAUUGCUGGUUCUGAAAUUUUCUCUUUGGAAAUGAGUAAAACCGAAGCUUUGACACAAGCUUUCAGAAGAAGUAUUGGAGUUCGUAUUACUGAGGAAUCUGAAGUAAUUGAAGGAGAAGUUGUUGAAAUUCAAAUUGAUAGACCAUUGGAUUCUAGUAGUGCAUCUCAAGGAAAGACUGGUAAAAUUACCAUUAAAACAACUGAUAUGGAAACAAUUUAUGAUCUCGGAGCUAAAAUGAUUGAAAGUUUGCAAAGAGAAAAAGUACAAAGCAAGGAUGUUAUUUCAAUUGAUAAGGCAACAGGAAAAAUUACAAAAUUAGGUCGUUCAAUAUCUGCCACAGGUGAUUAUGAUGCUAUGGGACCAAAUACUAAAUUCGUACAAACACCUUCUGGUGAAUUACAAAAGAGAAAGGAAUCUAAACAUAUGGUUACAUUACACGAAAUUGAUGUGAUUAACAGUAGAAGUCAAGGUUUUAUUGCUCUCUUUGCUGGUGAUACUGGUGAAAUUAAGAGUGAAGUUAGAGAACAAAUCGAUCAAAAAGUUGCAGAAUGGAGAGAAGAAGGAAAGGCAGAAAUUGUGCCAGGUGUUUUAUUUAUUGAUGAAGUUCACAUGUUGGAUAUUGAAUGUUUUUCAUUUUUGAAUAGAGCUAUUGAAAGUGAUAUGGCUCCAGUUCUUAUCAUGGCUACUAAUCGUGGUAUCAGUGGUAUUAGAGGCACAGAAAUUAAGAGUCCACACGGUAUCCCAAUUGAUUUGCUCGAUCGUACUCUUAUCAUUUCAACAUCAUCAUAUACAAACGAAGAAUUGUCACAAAUUAUCAAGAUUAGAUGUGAAGAAGAAGAUGUUAACCUUUCUCAACAAGCUCUUGACUUGUUAGUCAAAAUUUCUGAAAAUACAUCAUUACGUUACGUUCUCCAAUUAAUGACAACAGCCUCACUGGUCGCCCAAAAGAGAAAGAGUCCAGAAGUUGAUAUGAAUGAUGUAAGGAAAGUUUUCGGAUUGUUUUGUGAUGUUAAGAGAUCAGCCACUUUCUUACAAGGUUUCCAAGAUCAAUACAUCAUUCCAUCAAAGCAAGACCAAAUGGAUAUUAAGGAAUAAAACUUGUACAAUUUAAUUACUAUUUAU